UCCCUUUUUUCUCCCAUAUAUAAAACCUUUCCCUCCGUGUUGACUGACCCAUUCAAUCCCAUCGUGGCCCCUAUACAUACACAACUAUCUCCUCCCUUAUCGUUCCCAUCAAUUUACUAAAAAAUGUUAAACCGAUUAAGCACAGGCAAGAGCUGGUACAAGCAUUUCCAGUACGAAGAAGGCAGAGACAAGCCUGGCGAUGUCCGUAACAUUAUGUUAGUAGUUGCUACCCUCAUAGCUUCCGUUACUUUCCAAGCUGGUGUCAACCCUCCUGGCGGCGUAUGGCAAGAUAACGACAACGGACACCAUGCCGGCAGAGCCAUUUAUGCAUCUCAGUCAGCAGCUUACUAUGUUUUCUUGAUUUCCAAUACCUUCGCUCUCUCUGCUUCCAUACUUGUUAUCAUCUCUCUCACUCAUAGGUUCCCUUUCCAUUUCGAAAUUAUUAUUGCCACCGUUUCCAUGAUCGUCACUUACGGUUCGGCGAUUUUCGCCGUUACUCCCGACGAAUCGGUCAGGUUCCGGUACGUCAUAGCGGCAGCUUCCGUGCCUUUUAUACUGCGGUGUUUGAUUCAGCUCUUCAACAUCGUCUUCAAAAAGGAGUAAUUAUUGUACAUCGGAUCGUAUGUAAGAGACAUAUGUUGUUACAGAACAUAAUCUUUAACAUUGGGUUGCCUAAGUUUUGUUUAGUCAAUGGCUGUAACAUUAUUCCAGCUUAGCUAUCUGUCUUUUCCUUUGGGUUUUGUUUAAA